CGAUUUAGUUGAUAUGCCCGAUCCAGCCAAGGCCGCGCCCAAGAAGGGCUCUAAGAAAGCCGUGACGAAGACCGCGGGAAAAGGUGGCAAGAAACGGCGAAAGACUAGGAAGGAGAGCUAUGCUAUCUACGUCUACAAGGUCCUGAAGCAGGUCCAUCCCGACACUGGUAUUUCAUCUAAGGCGAUGGGCAUCAUGAAUUCUUUUGUGAACGACAUCUUUGAGCGUAUCGCUGGCGAGGCUUCUCGUCUGGCUCAUUACAACAAACGCUCCACCAUCACCUCCAGGGAGAUCCAGACCGCCGUCCGCCUGCUGCUCCCCGGUGAGCUGGCCAAGCACGCCGUGUCUGAGGGCACCAAGGCCGUCACCAAGUACACCAGCUCCAAGUAGACCGUGCUCUGCGUCCAAACAAACUCAAAGGCCCUUUUAAGGGCCACCCACAAGAUAAGAAAGUGGUUUUCUGCAUCUCUAUAUUGUCGCUGUAUUUAAGUCAUUGUGAAUCUGGGUGUGAGAACACUGCCUCGUCAACCUUAAAUCACUUUCCAACGUUGGCUUUUUCUUUGGUGCCACUGAAACCCAGGUGCUGCUGAUCAACUCCAAGACAGUAUAAAAGCAAUGGCUUUGAAGUUAAUUGGCUGUAGAACGUCAAAGUAUGUGCGCGAGAUGUUCGUUCAUUUGUUAGUACAAGCUCAGUUGAGUAUUUAGUAAAGAUGAAUUAUGAGUUGAAUUUUGGUCAGUCAAUUUGUUCGUUUGCUUUGCUCAUUGUCAUUUUACAUGUAGUUAUAACCUAUAAAUAAACCAUUUUAUUAUCUGGGAACGGUGUUGAGUCUGCCUUCUGAUUU